GCCGGGUCGCUCUGACAAGGGCUGCGUGAGAAAUUUGGCACAAAGUUUUCCUUUAACAUAACCAUCCAAUCCCUUCAAAACCAUCGUGGCUCGAGUUCAACAGAACCACGAAAAUGUCCAACCUACUGGAUUGUCCGCUCAAGCUCACCACAUCGACCGAUCUCGCCCAAGGAUUAUUGAACUACAUCCAAUCAUACCAUGAAGACCAUGUCGCUCAUCCCGAGGCUCUCAAGCCAGAUCUCGAACUCAUCAAGUCCUGUAGGACGCCGAUCGAAGACAAACUGACUGUCAACCAAUCUAGCCUCAACUCACUUAUUCGAUACCAUGCACAUCUGGCUUACAUCCUUCCCAAAUUCCCUGAUGAUGUCGGAGUCGAGUUUUCUUAUUCAGCAAUCUUCUCCACCUCUACCACCGCCGGCUCGAUCUUACCGGGGGAACUCCCGAGCUGUUUGCCCAUCAAACUCUCAAACUUGAAGUACGAACGUGCCUGCAUCUUGUUCAACAUCGCCGCAAUAACGAUGUCCUUAGGAACGAGCGUGCCACGCACAAAUACUGAUCAACUUAAACGCGCCAUCGGGUUUUUUCAGCAAGCUGCUGGCUGCUUUCGUCUGUUGAAAGACGAAGUCGUUCAAACUAUCGAGCUCCCACCAGGCUCGCCCAAUCCACCCUCACCGGAUCUCUCGAACUCAUGUCUAUCAGCUCUGGAACAUCUUUCUUUAUCUCAGGCCCAAGAAUCGGUUUGGCAACAAGCCGUCAAAGAUCAGAAAUCUAAUGGUACCAUCAGUAGGAUUGCGCAGGAAACUUCUCGGCUUUAUGAUCUCACCUUGAAUCUUAUGAAAGAUGUACAGAAACUCGAUAUUCAUUGGAUCGGAUUUGCUUUCCCCGACGAUUGGAUCAGCUUUGCCCACUUGAAAUCGGCCCAUUUUUUAGCAGUUGCCCAAUUUCGGAAAGGACUGGAUGAUUCAGCUGCUAGAGAAUAUGGAAUUGAAGUAGGACGAUUGGAGUAUGCAUGCUCAACGUUAAAAACGGCGAUCUCAGCAGCGAAAAGCUGUUCGACUGAAACGACCAAGACGGUUCUUCAAGAGGCCAAGAAUGUGUUUGUCAAGCUCCAGAAGUCGCUCGAGCUGGCCAGACGAGACAACGAUUUGAUCUACCUCAAACAGGUACCGUCAGACGCCGAGCUGCCGGUCAUCAAGCCCGUCUCACUCGUCAAGCCCAGCCUACCGCAACCCGUCAGCGACCCGUCUGAGUUCUUGACUGAGGAUCAGUUUGGCAGGAGACUCUUUGAGCAGGUCGUGCCCUAUCAGGUCUAUCGCAUCAUCGGCGUCUACGAAGAUAGGAAGAAAGAUCACCUCAAAUCUGCUAUUCAAGACCAAGCCGAUAGCUUGGAUGCAGAAAUGGUGGAUGCGCUGAGAUCGAUGAACUUGCCAGGAUCCUUAGAAGCUUUGGAGAGGCCAAUCAACUUGCCACCUUCGUUACUUCGUAGUUCGGAAGAACUGAGACAACAAAACGCUCCACAAAUGUUGAUCUCAAUGUUAUCGAGUGUAGAACAAGCAUCACAAGUGAACUGGGAUGCAUUGGCACAGAUCGCGACGAUGUUGGCCGAAGAGAAAAGCGAAGACCAACAGUAUCGGACUCGAUUCGGCACCCAGUUAUGGCAGAGACCCUCCUCGCAAAUCGCUAAUCGUCCCCUGCGCCAACAGGAGUCUCAAUUGCUCCAAACCUUUGAACCGGCCGAACAGAGCGAUCGCUCGGUUAAAGAAAGAUACGAUAAUUGGCGCAAGGCGAUCGAGUUAUUGUGUCAAGAUGAGGAUACCAUUCGGAAGGCAAUUCCACCCUUGAACAUGACUGACCGACGGCCACAAGACCUAAGUCUCCCGCCGACGGGCCAGAGCGAGUUAUCGAGUCCGCGACAACUACGUAGAUUACUGGAUGACUUGGAAGAUCUUCGCGGUUCACGAAAGCGACUUAUUGGAUCUGCGCUCCAUUUCGCUAGUCACGACUCGAUCGAUCGCGCGUUGAUCGAGAACUUCGAUCGGAAUCUCCAUCGCAAAUCUCUCUCUUCUAACAACGCGCCGUCUUCCUCGACUAUCGAGAUCGCGGAUGACGAACAAAUCGAAUUGUUUAUCGAGAAGGAACUCGAAAAAUACUCGAAAUUCUCGGGCCAAUUGGACGCGAAUCGGCUCGCUCAAAACGACUUGAUCCAGCAAAUCAGGAGCGUCAAUCAAGAGUUUCUACGAUCCAGGACGGACGAUCCAGUGACCAAGGCCAGAGAAAAUGUGUUCCAAGAACUCGAUUCGGCGUACCAUGAGUUUCAUUCGAUCAUCAAUAAUCUGCAAGAAGGUCUUCAAUUCCAUUCUCAAUUCAAUAAGUAUGCGAACAUUCUGAAAAACGAGGUGGACAGUUACCUCCACGAUCGACGCAGACAAGCUGUUGCACUUGAGCAACAGCUCAACAAUCUGCAGCUCAACGCUCUCACUAAGCCGGCCCCGUCGAGCGACGACAGUCGGAGUCAGAAAGCCAACGGGAAGAAGAAGAUGGAUGAUGCGGAUGGGGAUGUGGUGAUGGAAGAUCCACAGCCACCACUCGAUCGGGUCCCCGUAGCGUCUCCUUCUUCCUCUUCUGCUGUUGGCCAGCGUCCUUCUAAUAGUCGUCGGAAGAAACAAGCCGCCCCACCAGGCGCUUAUGAUCCCAAGAUUCACGGUCCUCCAGUCUUUUCUGAUUAACUCUUUCUUUUUUUAUUCAUUUUUCCUCAUUGUUUCAUCCAGAAGCUUUCUUCUCUCUUUCUUCUCUAUGUAUGUUUGUAUACCUUUUGCGUCCAAUGAGUAUUCUUUCUUUCUUUCCAAACAAACAAACAAAAAAUCAAAGUAAAUAACAUGAUGAUGAAGUAAACUUGCUGUAUAUAUUUUAAUCUUAUGAUGAUGAUGAUGAUGCUGUUGAUUUGUAUGUACCAGAUCUUGUUUGUAAUC